AUGAAUUCGAGAAAAUUUGCAAAUAUAACUAAGCGACCUAUCGCAACUAUGAAUUCUUGUCAUUUCAUAUUUUUGCUCUUUACCUAUAUAUUAACAUUCGUUAAUCCUUUCCCGAUCCACGUUAUAAACGAUAGUAGUAAAUCGUUUGAACCACCGCCUCCAUCGGCUUCAAACGGAAUUAGUAAUCUUGAUGAUGGGGAAAUACCUGAUCUCACUCGGUUUGUUACUUACUCCGCAGCUUCCUACUGUUCAAACUCUGCUAAUUGGACAUGCGGAUUUUACUGCGAUAAGAUUCCUGAAACAACGGUUAUAAAAACUAUUACAACUGAACCUGCAAAAUGGGUAGAAAUUUUAGGACAGAGUGCUGAUGCUUAUGCGGUUAUUACUCGUAACACGAAAUAUAAAGAGAUCGUUGUCACUUUCCGAGGAACUGCUGAUUUUGGUAACACUGUCAAAGAUAUAGAAGUAGUCCAAUGUCCAUAUGGAUUUGAAUCCAUUACUAUCCCUACUAAUUCAAAACCAGGAGGUGCCCUCGUCCAUUUAGGAUUUUAUACUGCUUUUCUUACUUUUCAACAACAACUUCGAGAUGUAAUCUCUGAAUCAAUAAAACAAUAUCCUGAUUAUAAUAUUGUUGUUACUGGUCACAGUUUAGGAGGAGCAUUAGCAUCGUUUGCCGCUCUCGACAUUAAGCAAUCCAUUAAUGGAUCAAAUCCAACUGUCAAUCAAGCCGAUGAAGUGCCUCAUUUGAUCUUGAGAGUUGACUAUAAACACCACAAGGGUGAAAUUUGGAUUGCUAAUACUACUGCUAACCAAGCAGUCAAAUGCUCAGGCGAUGAAAACAAACUCUGUUCUGAUUCUGUUCAAUUUGAAGAUUGGAAUUCUGUAGAUCACGAUGGCCCAUAUUGGGGUGUCCAUAUAGAUGAUGGCCUCU